AUGGAUGCUACACUCAACCUUCCUCAACGCCCUCGCCCAAGAAGUGUUGGCCAGGACAAAUUGACCCCGAGGGAGUACAUCGAAGCCAUAUCUGGAUAUGCACGACAAACCCUGUCAGCCUCGCUGUAUCCCGGCGAGUUGUACGAAAAGCUAGCCAGAUACCUUCAAGACGAUGGGCAAACGCGGCCACCAGAACAUACUCGAGCCGCUCGUCCCCAUGAGGGCAAAAACCGCCAAACAGCUACCCUGUAUACCUUUUCUGCUUCUGGAGACCGAGAUGUUCAAACAAUCAGCACCACCGAGGAGCUCUGCGAGUCCCUCGACAGUAUAUCAGGCCAAAAUGCGUCAGAUUCAGGGCUGGCUCCCCGGUCAUCGAUACUCUUUCUUCGCGGCUAUCCGUCUCCAGAAUGGCUGUCGACUGUUGGUUCCAUGCUACAGGUUGAUCCGGUCUUUUUCCAGAGACAUCUAGAUAUCCACUCUUCGUUUGGCAAGCGAAAUUGCUUUUUCUCCCCGUCCUUGCCGUCGACUACAGAGGGCAUGCUUUCUCUUCCCUUCAUCACGAUUGGGUCAGACAUCCAUGGGACUACUUCCAAAGGUGGUCAGAGGGAUAUCGAUGAACUACGGGAUCAGGCUAUCAGGGACAUGGAUCAGUACCUGCACUCUCUUAGUACAGGUCGGGACGUGAAGCCUGGCGACUCGAUUGUUCGAGAGUAUCACGUCCAUGAUGCAUCCAACUUUUCAAUGUUGCAAGAAAUGUCCAUCUGGGUCGAGAAAGUGAGUUCAGGCUAUGUUCGCAAGUUUGGCCAUCCAUACGCAUACAUUGAAGAUAUGAUAAAUUUAACAACAACAGGUCUGGUAUGGAUGGAUGUCGGCGAAGAUAUCUCACAGGGUCCGGCUGGACCGUGGCAUCGUCUACAAUGUUCUCCUCCAUUCGUCGGCAGAUCGCCUUUCUAUCCGACCCUUCAACAUCUACCCAAAAUUGCUCUCAAAUGGCACAAACUAUCACUCGCUCCGGACAGACAGCUGCGAGGGAAAUUCGCCCAGAGCGCUGCGAUUCUGCAUACUGACUACGGGAAAGCAUUGAAUAAACAGUUAAUGGCAGAGGAUCCAUUCUAUGCACUGUCGGAGCUGUUCAUCUUCUCGGCAUUUUCCAUAUCGCAAUUUUUGAAUAUGGUCGAUGUGAAAGUCACGAGUGAGACAGGAUUAGGGGUCGUAAGCCAUCAACAGUUCAAAACGCACAACUUAGGCUACCACAAGGAACUACUCGAGAAGCUAGCUCGGCGACUGGAGGAGACUGGGAGGAAUAUAGAGCAGCGAGGAAGCCCCCUUUGGCCGCGAUCAGUGGGAGUUGAUCAGAAAAGCACCGAGGUGGCAGUAUCAAGGCUCUACCGAGAUUAUGAAGUUCUGCUUCACCGCACCAAUUCCUUGAUCAAGCGCUGCAAAGAUGGCAUGCUUAUGAAGAUGAACCAAGCGACCAUCACCGAGUCAAAAAGGGCCAUCCAGCAAGCACAAAAAGUGGAACAACUCACGGUUCUCGCGUUUUUCUAUGCUCCUCUGUCCUUCACCGCGUCAUUUUUUAGUAUGGACCAAGGUACAGCCGGGAAAGGAUAUUGGAUCUGGUUUGCUGUGUCAAUCCCAUGUUUAAUGUUUUCAUAUUUGGUGCUGGGAGUCAUUAUGCGCCGGUUUCGAAAUUUCCGCGAGUCCCACUGA